UAAAAAGUUCUAAUAAAGCAGACUUUAAUGUUUAUUGUAAAGUUAAACCUAUGGUAGAAAAUGUUUCUGCCAUUCUUAAAUGUAUAACAGCAUCAAGUGUGUAACUGUGGUUUCUGGGUGGUGUUACCGUAGGUGGGAGAAAGCCAGCUGGACGGAUCACAAAAGUAUCGAUGAGUUCUUCUUGAGGAACGUUGUGGUGCUGGAUGAUGUCUUUAAGUUUGUGUCGCUUCUACAGCUGGCAUUUCUUCUGCAGUACCCACGGAAGGUGUCAGUGAUUAACACCAAGGUAUUUGUGACACCCUGUGAAACGUCCAAGCUGCUGGUGAACCUGCAGUACCUGGACCUGUCCGACAACCUGCUGACCGAUAUGACUCUGGCGGAGACGCUGUGCUACGGAAAGGGCACGCUGAAGAACCUCCGAGUUCUAAACAUCAGCGGAAACGCUCUGAAGGUGCCUUCAUGAAGCUUAUUUGAGUGGUUUCCCAUUAAAGUGUAUCAGUUAUUAUAAC